AUGGACCUUCUCUUCGUGGAGAAGCUCCUGGUCGGCCUCUUCGCGUCCGUCGUGGUCGCCAUCGCGGUGUCCAAGAUCCGUGGCCGCAAGCUCCGGCUGCCGCCCGGCCCCGUCCCCGUGCCCAUCUUCGGGAACUGGCUGCAGGUCGGCGACGACCUCAACCACCGCAACCUCGCCGCGCUGGCCCGCAAGUUCGGCGACAUCUUCCUCCUCCGAAUGGGGCAGCGCAACCUGGUGGUGGUGUCGUCGCCGCCGCUGGCGCGGGAGGUGCUCCACACGCAGGGCGUGGAGUUCGGCUCCCGCACCCGCAACGUGGUGUUCGACAUCUUCACGGGGAAAGGGCAGGACAUGGUGUUCACCGUGUACGGCGACCACUGGCGCAAGAUGCGGCGCAUCAUGACCGUGCCCUUCUUCACCAAUAAGGUCGUGCAGCAGUACCGCCCCGGCUGGGAGGCCGAGGCCGCCGCCGUCGUCGACGACGUGCGCGCCGACCCCAGUGCGGCCACCGAGGGCGUCGUGCUCCGCCGCCGCCUGCAGCUCAUGAUGUACAACAACAUGUACCGCAUCAUGUUCGACCGGCGCUUCGAGAGCAUGGACGACCCGCUCUUCCUCCGCCUCAGGGCGCUCAACGGCGAGCGCAGCCGCCUCGCGCAGAGCUUCGAGUACAACUACGGCGACUUCAUCCCCAUCCUCCGCCCGUUCCUCCGCGGCUACCUCAGGGUCUGCAAGGAGGUCAAGGAGACCCGCCUCCAGAUCUUCAAGGAUUUCUUCCUCGAGGAGAGGAAGAAGCUGGCGAGCACCAAGGCCAUGGACAGCAACGGGCUCAAGUGCGCCAUUGAUCACAUCCUGGAGGCGCAGCAGAAGGGUGAGAUCAACGAGGACAACGUGCUCUACAUCGUCGAGAACAUUAACGUUGCAGCGAUCGAGACAACGCUGUGGUCUAUCGAGUGGGCGAUCGCGGAGCUGGUGAACCACCCGGAGAUCCAGCAGAAGCUGCGGGAGGAGCUGGACACGGUGCUGGGGCCGGGCCAGCAGAUCACGGAGCCGGACACGCACAACCUCCCCUACCUGCAGGCGGUGAUCAAGGAGACGCUGCGGCUGCGCAUGGCCAUCCCGCUGCUGGUGCCGCACAUGAACCUCCACGACGCCAAGCUCGGCGGCUACGACGUCCCCGCCGAGAGCAAGAUCCUCGUCAACGCCUGGUACCUCGCCAACAACCCCGACAGCUGGAAGCGGCCCGAGGAGUUCCGGCCCGAGCGCUUCCUGGAGGAGGAGAAGCACGUGGAGGCCAACGGCAACGACUUCAGGUACCUGCCCUUCGGCGUCGGCCGCAGGAGCUGCCCCGGCAUCAUCCUCGCGCUGCCCAUCCUCGGCAUCACCAUCGGCCGCCUCGUCCAGAACUUCGAGCUGCUGCCGCCGCCCGGGCAGGACAAGCUCGACACCACCGAGAAAGGAGGCCAGUUCAGCCUCCACAUCUUGAAGCAUUCCAACAUCGUGUGCAAGCCAAGAACGUUCUAA